CUCGAUUAUCUUUCAAUCACCAUCAACAAAACGCGCAUUCUUUUGGAGGAAACGUAAACCCGACCAUACUCAACUUUACAGGCUAAUUAAAAAACCUCUUUCCACGAGUAAGACAUAGUCGCAGGCCCUGACGGGCCCGAUAACGCUCGUCUUGGCGCCAACACAACCCGCAGAAUCACGACCCAGCUGGCAGGACCUAAGCCGAAAUUCGGGGGACGGGUCCGAUUUAAUCAACGCCGCAUGCGGCAUCUAGAACUACCGACGCCGCGACCAUGUUUGAUACCAAUCCGAACCUCAUCCAAGACCCUCAGCGGUCGUCGGAACGAUCGUCGCCCACCCCGCUCGUCCUCAUCCACGACGGCGGCGGCACGAUAUUCAGCUACUACUGCCUAGGCAGCCUGGGCAGGCCACUCUACGGUAUCUUCAACCCCAACUACCACUCCGGGCGGUCGUGGGCCGGGGGCCUCCCGGAAAUGGCCCGGCACUACGUCAGGCUGGUCCGGACCGUCGUGCCCCGGGGCCCCGUCAUCCUCGGCGGCUGGUCCCUCGGGGGCCUGCUCUCGCUCGAGAUGGCGCGGGAGCUGGCCGGCGACCCGUCCCUCCGGGUGCUCGGGAUCGUCAUGAUCGACAGCGUCUACCCCAGGGCCCCGCCGGCCUGGCUGCCGUCGCUGCCGGUGGUGCAGCACGCCGCCAAGUGGGGGGAGAACACGCGGCCCGAGACACGUGCCGCCGUCACGAGGUGCUUUGAGGAGGCGGUGGCGAUGGUUGGCCGGUGGACGCCGCCGGCGUGGGGGCCGGAGAGUGCCGACGCGUCGCAGAUGGCAAGCAUGGAUGGCCGGAAUAGCCAUUCUACAUCCUCGCCCGCACACGGUCCGCCGCCAGUGUUCCUGCUGCGGGCGAAGGAAGCUGUUCCGGUCCUGGUUGAGGGCGUGAGCAGGGUCGACCUGCACCGGCAAGACCGUUUACUGGGAUGGGGUAACUACCGGAGAGACAUGAUCGUCCGAGUCACGGAUAUCCCAGGGCACCACUUCAGUAUAUUUGCAUUGGAGAACCUAGACGCUGUCACAGAGGGGUUGAUAAAGGUGUGUUCUGAGGUUGAGGACUGGACUCCUAGAUAAAGAAGAUGGACGAGAUAGACAUCCACUGGCAGGAGAAAGGGGGCUGAUGGCCUGGGGCAGCUCAGAGAGGAGAGAGUCGUCUGCACUACCACCCUUCGACGGCAUGGGCUGCGGUCACACAUAUCAGCCGCUUCAUUUAUACCCUCCUGGAAUUAAAGUCCCGGGCAUCAAACCCAGCCCUGAGAUGUAUAUUAGAUAUAUUGGAGAGCCCUUCUUGGCCCCCAACCACAAUAUCUGGGAUCCGAAACCUUCCGACCAAUGGGAGUCCCGUAACUUUAGGUUACAAGUCUUGAGAGUCUUGGGAUUCCCCUCCUCAUCCUAUCUUCAGCCAGACGAGGAGCAACGCCAACGGAAUCGGGCCAAGACGUGCGAUACAACAUGCUGUCAGCUGGGGAUUUAGCCUCUUGCAACAAUU